AUUACCGGAAAAUUUUGAUGCAUUAAUUUCGGAGAAUACAAUUACAUUAGAAAUAUUAGAUCAAUUCUAUAUUGAUUUUCAUACAAGAGAACAUAUUGAUGAACGAUUAAAUAAAAGUUGUAAAAAAAUUCAAGAUCAUUUAAAUUUACAUAGUUGUAUAACACGAAUUGUACUUAAAAUGGUUGCUGAACAUUUUAAUGGUAUAAUGAUUAUACCAUUUCUUAAUGAAUUUAAUAAAAUUCCACGUUUUAUAUCCAUUAUUGAUAUAUUUGAUGAUUUAAUAAAAUCACGUCUUAUAUCAACAACUGAACUUCUUGUUUUUUCUAAACAAGAUAUUAUUAUUAAAAAAUCAUCUCUAUUAAAACAUUUUGAAUCUAUAUCAUUAUUUUAUAACCGUAAUGCUGAUUUACUUCCUGAAAUAACAUUAGUUAUGCGUGAAGAUGAUUAA